AUGUUUUGCGCCAAGGACGGGCUCUCGUGCUGUAUCGUGCGGAGGGUCGAAGUGUGUGUUUCUGUAGAGGUGCUUGUGUACGAGUUUUGGACGGAAGAACGGGCGCCCGACUGUGAGAACGUGUGCCGCUUGGAAAGAAGGGAGAAGGUGCUGACGAAGAACUCUGAACUCACAUCCGUUUGCGAGUAUCUGAUGCGGCAUCAGAGGAAGAUACAACGUUCGCGUACGGAAGAGGAUUGUUGGACGCUACGGCACGACUACAGUCCAGGCGAUCCCUCGUAA